AUCUAUGACGGGCGGCAUCAAGGGCGGCAUUUUCGUAUUUUCUGACGAAUUGGAGGGAUAUUGUGGUCGCGUUCCGCAUUAUUCAAGUCACGUCCCUAUAGUUGAAAUGGAGCAGAAAUAGAUCCCAGGACCUCAAGGAAUCUUCAACACAUUCUAGAUUCCUGAGCACAGAAAUCAUGGUUCUUGCAGCUGAUGAGUUAACAAAGCUUCGGCGUAAGAAGAAGGCAGCCCAAGCAAAGGGGAACUUGAAAGAGCAAGCAGAUUAUUGUAACAACAUCGGAGUAAUGCUUUUUAAAGCUGGCCGGCUAGACGAAGCUCUUGAGGAACACCAAGAGGAGCUGACGCUGUGUCAAACACUGCGCGACAGUAUCGGUGCGGGGGUGGCUCACCGUGGUCUGGGUGAUGUGUUCUGCGAACUUGGCCAGCUGGACGAGGCGCUGCGACACCAUCUGCUCUUUCUGGAGGCGGCCGAGCGACAGCGGGACCUAGUGGAGAUUCAGCGAGCCACGGCCACCGUGGGCCGCACUUACCUCAUGCAGGCGGAUAAUACUUCAUCAGGCGAAGAGUCCAAAAAUGAGUAUCGCAAACUCGCGAAUAAGUUUUUGGAAAGGAGUCUUCAACUUGUGCCUAGCGUUACGGGAAUCUCCGAGCACGAAAGGGCGGAGAUGACGGCUAGACUGCAUUUGAACAUGGGCAUAGUCUGGGCUCAGUCCGGCGGACGCACAGACCAGGCCCGCGCCGCCUUUAGCAAGGCGUUGGCGCUUACUGAGAGGCACGGCCUGCACGAUACAGGCCGGCGCAUCCACGUAAACCUGGCCCAGAGUUACCAGAACGCCGGCGACGUCCGCACUGCGCUGGGCCACCUGCGCAUGGCGGUGCGACUCGCCGAAAAGUUGCAGGACAGAGCGACCGUGGCGGACGCCCUGCACAGCCUGGCCCAGGUGCACCUGUCUUUGGAAGAACUGGAUGAAGCCUGCCGAACGUGGUACAAGGCCUACCGGCAGAGAUCACCUCGAGACGCCGACCACAAACAGCACACCCGCUCCCUGCGCUACGCGCUGCGGCUCUGCCGGGCGGAGGGCGAGCUGGAUGCCCUCUCGGAGGACGACUACCAGGCUCGCCGUGACCUGCACGAACACAUGGCCGACAGCUUCUGCCAACUGAAGGCGUUCAGUCCGGCGCUGCGCCACUAUGAGGCUCAGUUGGAGUACGCCGAAAAACUCAACAGUCCUGAGUCUGCCAAGGCUGCAAUAUAUGCCUCGCUAGCCCAGACUCACAAGGACCUUCACCAGUACGACCAGGCGAAACGCUGGUAUGAGAAGGAGCUGGAGUCGCGGACAGGGAACGCCACUGAGAUAUGCAAGACUCUGAUGAACCUGGCGAGUCUCGAGGAGGAGAUGGGCGGCUCUGUCGGCUCCAUCUGCGACUGGUACCGGCGGGCGGCCUCAGAGGCGGCUGUAGCCGGCCUGACGCGACUGCGCGCCUCUGCGCUGCGCGACCUGGCCGACACGUGCCGCGACCACGGUCUCACCGAGGACGAAGAGCGCGCCCGGCGAGACCUGGCGCUGGCGCUGCGGGCCGACAACCUGCACAGCUCCGAGGAGAGCGAGCGAGACGAGGAGCCCGGCAGCGAGGCGGAGAGCAGCGGCGCCGAGUCGCUCGACCAGGACAUGCUGGACCUGCUCGUCUCUGAGACCGAUCAACCGGAGCCACUGCAGCGGCAACGGCAGCGGCAGCGGCAGCGGCGCGGCGGCUCGCUCUGGCGCAACAACAAGGGCGAGACGCACCUGCACCUGGCCUGCAUCCAGGGCAAGAGUCGUGAGGUGGAGCGUCUGCUGCGCUCCGGGCACCCGGUGAACGUACGCGACUUCUCCGGCUGGCUGCCGCUGCACGAGGCGGCCAACUUUGGUCACACGGCCAUAGUGGCCCUCCUGCUGGAGCACGGCGCCCACGUUAACGACCCGGGCGGCCAGCACUGCGGCGGCGUGACCCCGCUGCACGACGCCGCCGGGAACGGGCACCUGGCAGUGGCCCGGCAGCUGCUGGCCGCCGGCGCCGACCCGGGAGCCGUCACUGAGGACGGGACCACGCCGCUCGAGUACCUGAUGAACUACCGCGCUCAGAACCUGGCCGAGCUGGACGCCGAGCAACUGAAUGAUCUCAGAGUGCUGGAACAUGAGAUGAAGGAGAUCCUGAGUUCGAAAGGGAAACCUAUUCCGGACUCUCCUAGCUUACGUGUGUCACAGUCGGGCUCGUCUCAGUCGACGGAGUCACCGACUGUGGUGGAGGACAGCUCGGAAGUGACGCCGUCGCCGGCUGUGUCUGACGAGGACGAUCAGCCGGCGGCGGACGUAUACCGGCGGGCGAUCCGCGGCGUGGGACGGUCGGCGGUGACGGCGCCAGCCACGGGCACCGUCCGGCGGCGGCAGCGUCCGUCCCCUGCCGGCCCCAAGCCCGGCCUGGUCUCCGAGGACCAGUACCAGUGGCUGGAGGAGGACGUGGCGACGGGCCGCCGCCGGCCGCGGCGUCGCCUCUCAGGGACCCUGGCGUCGGCCGGAACUCAGAGUGUGCGGCGCAUCUCACCACCGCCGGACGAGGGCGUCCGUCCCAUAUCGCCUCUCCAAACCAUAGACGACUAUGACGAACCCCUGCAGCCGGAUCAGCUUGGUUCGCCAGUCGGCACAGCCGCCGGAGAGAGCCAGCCGCCGCCACCGGAGCCGGAUGCAGCUGUCAGGGACGGAUUCUCAGCCGAACGCCGUCCUAUGAAGCGUCGUCAGUCGCAGCUCACAUUUACAUUAACUCCGGGCGGCCGUGCGGACAGAGCGCCAAGUCCCGCUGUGUCUCCGUCUCCAGCGCCGCCGGCCAAGCAGCAGCGCGUGGCUUCUGAGGGCGCCGUUUGGUCGUCGGGCGCGCUGCGUGUGUGUGUGCAGGUGGAGCAGGACAGGCUGAUGGUGCAGGUACCGGCGGCGGCGGCCGGCCGACCGCACACGGUCCAGUGGCUGGCAGAGCAGGCCUCCGACCGCUACUACAAACAGUUCCUGCUGCGGCCCCGGCUGGAGCUGCUGAAGGACGGCGCCCUGCUCGCCCCCGAGGACCCCGUGCAGGAUGUGGUCGGCCGGCAGGAGGAGACACUCGGCAGCCGGGUGCUGGACUGGGAGCGGCCGCCGCUGACCGAGCGCUACAGCUCAGUCUGCGCCCAGCUGGGCCAGCCGCCACUGGCCACUGUCUCGGCGCGGCUGGCAGUGGGACAGACCAGCGGCCGACUCAAUCUGGCUGAGCUGCGGCUCAACACGGCCCGUCUGCAGCCCGUCCUCCGCGCCAUACAGCGCUACGGCUGCAUCACACACCUCCUGCUGGCCGGUAACCCGCUGCGGGACGCCGGCGCGCGCGAGCUGGCCGCGGCGCUGCCGCACCUCUCCGCGCUGCACACGCUCGACCUGAGCGGCGUGCAGAUCGGCGCCGGCGGCCUGUCGUACCUGGCGACCGCCGCCAGCGAGCAGCGGGCGCUGGAGCAGUGCACCACGCUGCAGCUCGCCUAUAACCUGUUCUCGGACGUAUCGUCCGCGAGCCACCUCGCCGCGCUGGUGUCCACCCUGCCGCGGCUGGCCAGCCUGGACCUGACCUCGUGUCAGCUGACGGAGCGACACCUGAGCGCCGCCGGCCGCGCGCUCUGUGACGCGCUGUCCGGCAGCCACCUGACCCACCUGCGGCUCUCUCACAACAGCGUGUCGCCAGAGGGCACCGAGCUGCUACUGCGCGCGCUGCGGCCGCAGUGGCUGCUCAGCCUGGCGCUGGCCGGCUGGCGCGGGGUGGCUGCCACCCUGCAGGGCUACACGCUCCGGGACGGCGACUGUUGUCUGCAGGAGCUGGACCUGCGCCACUGCCGACUGACAGACCAGGAGGCCGAGCAGCUGGCCAGCGCGCUGUCGGGCUGCCGGCACCUGGUCCGUCUGGACCUAUCUCACAACGGAGCGCUGGGCCGGCGCGGCCGGUCGGCGCUGGAGGCGGCCGGCUGUCCGCUGGUGGAGCCGGGCCGGGCCGGCUGACCGCCUGACGGCCAGAGCUGGGCCUCACCCGCCGCCACUGCCCCGACCUCUUCGUGUCGGCCGCGCUGCACCGAGACGCUGCCUGGCCGGACGGACCCUCAGCGACAGUGAAGCAAGGCGCUCUGGACGCGUAAAUGACAGUUAGUAUUCACAGCUCUGAUGGACGUUCGUAGGCAAAGAGCCAGUCUGUUGCAUUUUUUAAAAACAAAUAUGUGAUAACGAGGGAAUAAAGGCAUUCAUUCACAACUAUGCUAGUGAGAGAUAAUUGCACAUGGGUAUCAUGACAAAAUACAAGGUUGAAUUGUAACAU